CUGAGAUGCCAUCUGGGACUGGGCACUGACAACAGCCUGGACGGCCUGGAGGGCAGAGGAUGCAGUGGCAGCGUGAGCACGAGCGGCAGCGGCAGCCUAUUCAUAAACCAAGUGAAUUCGCCAAGAAUAGAAGUCAGCGAGUCAAACGAAGCCGGGCGAGUUAUUCAUUCAGCCACCGCCCAACUAUUUAAGGGCGAGUGGCGGAAGCUGGAACAUCAUCAGUCGCUCUACAUCAACUGAACGCUCCGUUCACUCAAACGAUCAUCAGUUCAACCCUUUUCAUUGUCACAGAGAAAUCGCCAUUAACUCAACGAAUUACGAUGCAGUUCUCAAUGCUAUUGCUUUUGGGUGCCCUCUGCGUAGCUGCCGAAAAACCAACUGGUGGUCAAAGUGAUGUGGCCGCCGUCAGCAAGAAUGCUAAUGCGACUAGCGAAGAAAUCGCAAGGGACAAACGUGGAUUUGGAGCUGCUUCCUCCGGCGGUGGGAGUUACAACGCUUCGCCCGCAGUCACCGUUCCCAACAUUCCGCAAUCCAGCGAUCCUUACUCUUCCGGAAGCUCUUCGUCUUACUCUAGCGGAUCCAGCGGAUCGUCUUACGAAUCCAGCCAGGCAUCUUCGUAUCCUUCGUCCGACUCUUACAAUGCAGCCCCAGCUCCAGCCCAAUCCAGCUACGGUUCCUCAUCGGGAAACAGCUACGAAUCGAACCCAGCACCUUCCUACUCGGCUCCCGCUUCUUAUUCACCUGCUCCAGCCCCAUCAUCCAGCUAUGGCGCUUCAUCUGGAAAUAGUUACGAGUCGAGCAACACCCCCUCCUAUUCACCAGCCCCCGUUUCUUACUCACCAGCCCCUGCUCCGGCUCCAUCCAGCUACGGUUCCUCAUCCGAAAGCAGCUACGGCUCAAGCCUCACACCUUCCUCUUAUUCACCAGCCCCAGUGAGCUAUGGUGAGUCAUCAUCCGGAAGCAGCUAUGGCUCUUCCUCCGGCGGAGCUGGCGGUUAUGGAUCGUCUGGAUCGCAACACGGACCCAGUGCCACAUCGCUCGCCGAACAGGCAGCUAACCAGGCCAAAGCGGCCCAAAAUGCCCAGGCUGGCGCAGCUGCCCAAGCAGCCCAACAGGCAACCUCUCAACUUGCCGCCCAGGCCUCUCAAGCCGCCCAACAAGCCCAGGCAAUCGUCGCUGCCAAACAGGCCCAGACAGCCAUGAUCACUCAAGCGGCUCAAGCGGCCCAAUCUGCAGCACUAGCCGAAGCUACAUUGGCCAGCCAAGUUCAAUUGGCGUUCCAGGCUGUCCAAAGCACUCACGUUCAGGCCACUCAACUCGCCCAGUCCAUUCAGAAUCUGGCUCAAGCUGCCAACAACCACGCCAAAACUGCCACAUCCGCCGUUCAAGCGAUUCAGGCGGUCCAAUCUGCGCAGAACCAAAUGGCAGCUCAGGCCCAGCAGAACGCCGCCCAUCUCUCUCAGAAGCAGCAGGCCAGUCUAGCUGAUUUGGCUUCGGCUCAACAAGCUGCCAACAAAGCGGCCGCUGCGGCUUCCGCCGCCCAAUCCAACGUCUCCGGCGGUGGAUCCUACUCGACCGGCUACGGCGGUGGUAGUGGCAGCAGCCACGGUAGCAGCUCAUCCGGAUACGGCUCACAGUCUCAGCAGUCGUCGUCAUCGUCGACCAGCUACGGAAGUUCAUCCGGAGGAUCCAGCUAUUGAGAAUAGGACGAGGACGAGGAUUGGCACGACGAGACUUGAUACUCCCCACCCCUUUUAACCGCCCACUUACAAACACUACGAGGAAUGAAUAAUCUUUUGUAUCUCAUCAGCCAUUGACGUCCAGCUGUGCUGCGUCUUUGGAUGUUUACGAUUUUCUAUACAAAAUAUAUACAUAAUUAUAUUUCAAAUGGAUCUUGAGAGAAUGGGGAUCAAAAAUACAGAAAAAUGGAUCGUUAAA